CACGAGUGUUGAGGUCAGAAUGACAUCUUGUAGGUCCCAUAAAUCCGUAUAUAAGACGAGAUCUGCCCUUAGAUCAUCAGUGUGGGGACUUUUAGUGAUAAAAUCAGUGGUGAAUUGAGAAAUAAUACUUACAAAAUGAACAGCUUUUUGGUUUUUGCUCUGGCAUUGAUUGCUGUAGCUGCUGUUGCGCCAGAAGCUUCAGCGGGGCAUGAUUACGCUGGGCAUGGUGGCCACGGAGGGGACUAUGGUCAUGGCGAAGUUCACCAAGGGAAUGGAGGACAUGAAAAGGACCACGGCCAUGGGGACUUUAAACACGGCCAUGGGCAUGACCAACAUGGCGGACACGGAGGCAACGACCACAGUCAACAUGGCGGCCAUUAAAUUUACUGAUUCGUACCGAAACUAUUGGACUAUACUCAAUAUACCUAAUGUUUUUUAAAACUGUGCUUUUGAUUUACCUCGUAUUUUUUCUUAUUUGACAAAGACAUGUCCUAUUUCUUAUUCCCCUAUUUAUAUUGUACUUAUGUAAGUAAUAUUUGAUUCGUUUUUAUAAAAAAAUGUGUUGAUGCUUCUUAUAGGCUGUUGAUUACAAUUAAUAUGGGAUUAACAAUGUUGAAAUCACAUUUUAUGAUAGAAAUAACCAAUUGUUAUUUAAAAAGGUUUUUACUUUCCUACACUACAGAGUACCUAAUAAAUAAAUUGUAGUUACAAAAACGUAUAAGACACACAAUGACAAUUUUUUUGAAAAUUGAUCUCGUAUCAUGUCAUUUCGUAUUAGAAGCAUAACACUAAACACUUUUAUAGUUUUUAAUACAUCGAGAUUAUAUCAGUAUUAAGAGAUUAAUGAAAUCAAUUUAAAAAGGGAAAUGGAUUGAAGACUGUAGAUAUUCUCAUCACAAACUUUACUAAAUGUGAGAAUGUUUUGUCUAAUUUCAUUGUUAUGGUGGAAAUUGCGUGUUAAUUAGCUAUUGAUGGCUUAAUUGCGUUUAAUGGUUCAUGCCAUUUAUAUAAGGACAUGUGAGGAUGUUCAGGAUGUCAUUGUUAAAGGAACAGCUUGAUAAUGUCUCGGGUUGUGUUUCUCGUGUGCGUGCUGAUGUUGGCAUCCGUGGCUGUCAGCCUGGACAUGCCCGGGGACUUGAAACAGCCUGACCAGAAGCUUCCCGACGCACCCAAGCUACCCGACGCUCCCAAACUGCCUGAUGCCCCCAAACUGCCCGACACCAAGCUGCCCAGUUUAGGCAGAAAAUAAUAGCAAAAAUCGAUUGAAUCUACCCAAAAAACUGACCUAAGCUAAGCAAGGCUUUUUGGCACGAAUGUCGCAGAUCUAUUUGGAUGUUGUCAAAAUUCUGGCUAGCCGUAUUAUUGUACAAAAUGUAACUGCAUAGUACCUAGAUUUUGUUGAAAAUUUGUGCUGAACAAGCCGAGUAAUAUAUAUAAUUAAUUGUGUAUGAAGCAAUAAAGUAAGCUGCAGCUAA